AUGGCAGACCCGGAUCCGUCCAAAAAAGUAGCUGAUAGAUAUCUGAAGCGUGAAGUUCUUGGUGAAGGUACCUACGGAGUUGUUUACAAAGCCAUUGAUACCCACACAGGACAGACAGUUGCAAUUAAGAAGAUUCGGCUUGGCAAGCAGAAAGAAGGGGUAAAUUUUACAGCUCUCAGGGAAAUUAAGCUUCUUAAAGAGCUUAAGGAUCCUAAUAUUGUUGAAUUGAUAGAUGCAUUCCCACAUAAAGGGAAUUUGCAUCUUGUGUUUGAAUUCAUGGAGACGGAUCUUGAAGCUGUCAUUCGAGACCGAAAUAUUUUUCUUUCACCGGCUGAUACAAAAUCCUACCUUCAAAUGACGCUGAAAGGUCUUGCUUAUUGCCACAAGAAAUGGGUUUUGCAUAGGGAUAUGAAGCCAAAUAAUUUAUUGAUAGGAUCUAAUGGACAGCUGAAACUUGCAGAUUUUGGUUUAGCACGGAUGUUUGGAAGCCCAGAAAGAAGGUUCACUCAUCAGGUUUUUGCUCGGUGGUAUAGAGCUCCUGAGCUAUUAUUUGGUGCCAAGCAUUAUGGUUCUGGGGUUGAUGUCUGGGCUUCUGCUUGUAUAUUUGCUGAACUUCUUCUCCGUCGACCAUUUUUGCAGGGUUCAAGUGAUAUCGAUCAAUUAGGAAAGAUUUUUUCAGCAUUUGGCACUCCAACAGCUUCUCAGUGGCCUGAUAUGGUAUACCUGCCUGAUUAUGUGGAAUACCAAUAUGUUCCUGCCCCCCCUCUGCGUUCUUUAUUUCCGAUGGCAACUGAUGAUGCUUUAGAUCUGUUGUCAAAGAUGUUUACAUAUGAUCCAAAAGCUAGAAUUUCAGUGCAGCAGGCACUAGAGCAUAGGUACUUUUCUUCCGCUCCUCUGCCUUCAGAUCCAGACAAGCUCCCUAGACCUGCUCCUAAGAGGGAAUCUAGGGCUUCUGAUUUCAAUUUACAGGAGGGUCCUACUGUAUUAUCACCACCAAGGAAGUCUAGGAGAGUGAUGCCAGGAAGCGACGGAUUUGAAGGAAAUUCCCAGCAAGCAGAUAAGGUUGAUGGCAGUUUUGGUGAUUUCAGACAGAGAACUGAUGAUAAUUCAGGCAAGAAUGAAUCAGCUCCAAUGUCUGUAGAUUUUUCUAUCUUUGGAUUAAAACCUCCAAAUAGACCUACAAUUAACAGUGCUGACAGAACAUAUUUAAAAAGAAAAUUAGAUAUAGAAUUUCAACAGCCAGAAUGA